AUGGUCCAGUGGGAUCAGGUGGUUACAACUUAUGAGCUCCCAUUUAUAUCUGAUCAUGCACCAAUGACCAUUCUUUUACAGAGUCAACAGAGACCUAGAAAUGUCCCUUUCAAAUUCUUCAACGUUUGGGCUACACAUGACAAGUUUCUACACAUUGUAAAGGAUGUAUGGUCACAGAGGCUAAGUAAACAUAGGAUGAAAGAUGUAUGGCUGAAACUCCAAGCACUUAAACCAGCUUUGAGGAAACUUAACAAUACAGAAUUCAAAUUCAUUAGAGCAAAAAUUGACACUGCCAGAACUGAGCUAAAUAGAGUUCAAGAACACCUGUUUGUUCAUGCCACAGAUAAUAUGAUCAUCCAAGAGAAGAAUAUUCUGCUCAACCUGGAAAAGUGGUCACUACUGGAAGAAAGUGCUCUUAAGCAAAAGUCAAGGGCUAGGUGGAUUCAGCUUGGGGACUCAAAUAACAAAUAUUUUUCAGCAGUCAGUAAAGAGAGGAACCACAGAAAGCAAAUCAUGGAGAUCACAUCCCUUACUGGCCAGAAAUUGCAUGACUAUGAGGAGAUCAAACAAGAGUUUGUGAAUUUUUACAAAAGUUUGAUGGGUUCAUCUGCUCAUUCCCUCCCUGCUGUCAAUAAAAUCAUCAUGAAAAAGGGCCCUACAUUGACUCAUCAGCAGAGACUGAGAUUAUGUGCAGCGGUGAAUACUGAGGAGAUUUAUAAUGCUCUACAGGCCAUUGGUGAUGAGAAGGCCCCAGGUAUUGAUGGUUAUAAUGCUCUCUUUUUCAAGCAAUCCUGGAAUAUUAUUAAAGAUGAAAUUGAAGCUGCUGUACUAGAAUUUUUCUCUACUGGCCAAUUACAUGCUCCAGUAAAUUGCACUAUUGUUUCUUUAGUUCCUAAAAUCACUAAGCCCUCUAACCAUAGCCUGUUGUUCAGUUUUGUAUAA